AUGCAGCUCACCGAAGACGAUCUAUAUCGAAACUCGACGCAGUUCAGAAAUUGGUCCUUUACCGCAUCACAGCUAGCUGCGCAACGACUGAAGAUCAACGUCCAAGCCACCGAGCGCGUCAAGGCGAAUGUUGCGCGUCUAAGGGCGCAGCGUGGCAACGAUGCUGUGGACAAUGAUGCCGUGGCAUCUGGUAUAGACAAGGAGAAUGGGAGUGGAACCAGCGGAACCAACACACCAGAUGCGCGCAUGCAAACCGUAACAGAAAUAAACUGCCUCACCGCAGAGGAAGAACUGAAGAUAAUAAACGAAUUCUGCGAACGCGCAAUCGCAUUGGGAAACCAUUACAGCUUCCCGCUAAACGUCGUCGCGACAUGCAUCCAAUUCCUCCGUCGCUUCUACCUCUACAACUCCCCCAUGACCUACCACGUCAACAACAUCCUCCGCACAAUAAUGUUCCUCGCCACAAAAGUCGAACUUUUCCCCAUCCACGUCUCGCAGUACGCCGAAGGCGCCGGCCGCAACGUAACCGCUGAAGACGUCCUCGCCCCCGAAUACAUCAUCGUGCAAAGUCUCCGCUACAACCUCGACGUCCGCCACCCCUUUCGAGCUAUAAAAGCUGGGCACAUGGAAAUGCUGGAGAUGGCGCAUGGGAAAUACCAGGGUCCCGCGCAGGGGCUGGGACCAAAGGAAGUACAGGCUAAGAUUUGUGGUCUGCCGGCGAAAGUAGGGGGACAGGCAAUGAAGAUGCCAGAGAAGAAGGUCGAGGAGAGGAUACACAACGCGUAUGGUGUUGCGACUAAUACGCUGCGUACCAUCGCCGUGCUGACAGACGCCUAUUUCCUGUACACGCCCUCUCAGAUCUGGUUAUCCGCCCAUCUCCUCGCCGAUGAACCACUCACGCUAUUUUACCUCUCGCUCAAAGUACCUACGUCCAAUCCUGUGUACGAUAAGCUCCUAAGCACACUGCGUAACUGCGCAUCCCUUAUAUCGAGCCACCGUCUUUACGUCAACAACACACUACCAACUGCUGAGCGGGAAGCAAGAGAGGCGAAACAUAAAGCAGAGAUCAAGACACUCAUGCAGAAACUCAAGAAUUGUCGGGAUCCGGACAAGGCUGAUUUGGUUAAGCUGAAUCAGGCGCAGAAGAGGGAUGCGGUGCAGGGUGAUGCUUUGGAGGAGAGCAAGGCCAAGAGGAGAAAGUUGGCGAGAGAGGGGUACCAAAAGGAGUCUGAUGCUUUUUGGGGCCCUGAGCUGCCUAAGAAGGCGGAGUAG